AUGAAUCCGCUAAAAGACUUGGCCCGAUGGGGACUUUAUUCACCGGAAACGGAACACGAUAGUUGCGGCGUAGGCGUUGUCGCCAAUAUAAAGGGCCAAAAGUCUCACCGGAUCAUCGAAGAGGGGUUCGAGGUCUUGAUCAACCUCGGACACCGGGGCGCUUGCGGGCGCGACCCAGAGACCGGGGACGGCGCUGGGAUUCUGAUACAGACGCCUCAUGAGUUUUUCCGGCGCGAAUGCCGUGCGCUGGGCUUGGAGCUUCCUCCGGAGGGCGAAUACGGCGUGGGCAUGGUGUUCAUGCUUCCCCAGGCGGCCGCGAAGCAAAAGGUGCAUGACCAUAUCUCCCGGAUUAUCCAAGACGAAGGGUUGGAGUUGCUCGGCUGGCGCGACGUUCCGUUGGAUGAAUCCAAGGUAGGCCGCGACGCCCGUGCCGUACGCCCGCACAUAGCGCAGGUGUUCAUCAGGCGCGGCUCCCAUGACAUGGACGCUGCCCAACUGGAGCGAAAGCUGUACGUAGUCCGCAAGGUCAUCGAGCAUACGUUAAAGGAAUGCCAACUUACGGAAGAAGAGGCCGAUUACUUUUACGUUUGCAGCAUGUCCUGCAACACGGUGGUGUACAAGGGCCUGUUAAUGGCCCACCAGAUCGCCGAUUUUUAUCUGGACCUGAGCGAUGAAGCCGUCGAAUCGGCGUUUGCAUUGGUACACUCCAGGUUCAGCACCAACACCCUGGGGCAUUGGCGGCUGGCCCAUCCGUACCGGUACCUGGCCCACAACGGGGAGAUAAAUACCCUUCGCGGCAACCUUACUUGGAUGCGUGCGCGGGAGGCCCAGUUACUUAUGUCUGCUGCGUUACGCAAAGUGUUCGGUUCUAGUGACAUGCUGAGACAGAUACCGCCGAUUAUGACGCCGGGUGACAGCGACACUGCGAGUUUCGACAACGCUCUGGAACUCCUGUUGAUGACCGGGCGCGACCUGGACCACGCUAUGCUCAUGUUGAUACAUGAGGCGUGGAACCAGCACGAGACGAUGCCGCAGGAGAAAAAGGACUUCUACGAGUAUCACUCGGCGUUGAUGGAGCCUUGGGACGGCCCGGCGAUGAUUGUUUCCUCCAACGGACGCAGCAUCUGCGCGCUGUUGGACCGCAACGGCCUGCGGCCUUUCAGGUACUUGGUGACCAAGGACGACAAGCUGGUCAUGGCUUCUGAGACCGGCGUCCUGGACGUCCCGCCGGAGGACGUCAGGUUCAAAGGCCGGCUUCAACCAGGGCGCAUGUUCCUGACAGUCGACCCAAUCCCGGCGGAAGAACUUAACCGGUUGCAACAGGCCUUCGGCUAUAGCGUGGAAGAGCUGCGGUUAUUGACUACUCCCAUGGCGGAGAACGGGUACGAAGCCGUUGGAUCCAUGGGGAACGACGCCCCGUUAGCUGUGCUAUCGGACCAGAACCAGUUGCUUUUCAAUUACUUCAAACAACUGUUCGCGCAGGUCACGAAUCCGCCGCUGGAUGCCAUAAGGGAAGAGUUGGUUACUUCCUUGGUGACGUUUAUAGGCAGUGAACAGAACUUGUUCGAUGAGACCCCGCUCCAUUGCCGGCAGUUGAGACUGGAAUCUCCGAUAAUCGACGACGUUGACCUGUCCAAAAUCAAAGGGUUGGAUCAAGACGGGCUUCGGAGCGUGACACUGCCGAUGCUGUUCGACCCUCAUGGCGGCGAUGAUUCCUUGAGGGACUCCAUUGAGACCCUGCGGAAGCAAGCAUCCGAUGCUAUAGCCGACGGUUGCUCCAUAAUAGUGCUCUCGGAUCGGGGCGUCGGCCCCAACGAUGUGCCGAUCCCCAGCCUGCUGGCGACCGGCGCGGUGCAUCAUCACCUCAUCCGGGAGGGCACCCGCACCAAGGUGGGUCUGGUCGUCGAGACAGGGGAGGCCAGGGAGGUACACCACUUCGCGUUACUGAUCGGAUACGGCGCGGGCGCAAUCAAUCCUUACUUGGCCCUCGAGACCGUGCGAACAAUGGUCCAAACGGGUCAGUUGAAUGGCCACACGGCGGACUACGCGGUAAAGAAUUUCGUAAAGGCCAACGAGAAAGGCGUCCUGAAGGUUAUGUCCAAAAUGGGCAUAUCGGCGGUGCAGAGCUACCGGGGUGCGCAGAUUUUUGAGGCUGUGGGUCUUAACCAGGACCUGAUCGACGACUAUUUCUCUUCGACCCCCUCGAGGGUGGGGGGUAUCGGGCUGGAUGCCAUUGGGCGUGAAACUCUUCAACGGCAUCGCUCGGCUUUCGAACUGGCCGACGUACCGGCAAACCGGGACCUGCCCAUGGGCGGGUCCUACCAGUGGCGCAGGGGAGAGGAGCACCAUCAGUGGAACCCUGACACUAUCGCCAAGCUGCAACAUGCCGCCCGGGCCAACAACUGGCAGGUAUAUCAGGAGUUCGCCAAACUCAGCAACGACCAAAGCCGUAAAAUCGCCACACUGCGCGGCCUUCUGCAGUUCAAACAGGACAGGGCGCCGGUGCCAUUGGACGAAGUGGAACCGACAUCGGAGAUCAUGAAACGGUUUGCCACCGGGGCUGCCUCGCUGGGGUCCAUCAGCCGUGAAGCCCAUGAGACCAUGGCUAUCGCCAUGAACCGCAUAGGCGCGCGAAGCAACACGGGCGAGGGAGGCGAGGACUACCACAGGUAUAAGCUGGACGACAACGGCGACGACCGCAGCAGCGCCAUCAAGCAGGUGGCGUCUGGGCGGUUCGGAGUUACCCCCAACUACUUGAUUAACGCGACCGACCUGCAAAUCAAGAUGGCCCAAGGGUCGAAGCCCGGCGAGGGUGGGCAAUUGCCUGGGCACAAGGUUGACGAGUACAUCGGGUGGGUGCGCCGCACCACUCCCGGUGUGGAGUUAAUCUCGCCUCCGCCUCAUCACGACAUAUAUUCCAUUGAGGACCUUGCCCAACUGAUACAUGAUUUAAAGAACAUCAACCCCGACGCCCGCGUCCACGUGAAGCUGGUGGCGGAAGUGGGGGUUGGAACCGUGGCGGCCGGCGUAGCCAAGGGCCACGGAGACGUGGUGCUGAUAAGCGGGCACGACGGCGGCACCGGCGCUUCGCCCGAGUCGUCAAUCAAAUACGCCGGCCUGCCUUGGGAGCUGGGAAUCGCCGAAACUCAACAGGUGCUGGUAGCUAACGGGCUGCGCAGCCGCAUCGUUGUGCAGACCGACGGGCAAUUGAAGACCGGCCGGGACGCAGCGAUAGCGGCCAUCCUGGGCGCUGAGGAGUUGGGGUUUGCCACGUCGGCGUUGGUGGUCAGCGGCUGCAUCAUGUUGCGCAAGUGCCACAUGAACACGUGUUCGGUGGGCAUUGCGACCCAGGACCCCGAGCUGCGCAAGAAGUUCGCCGGAGAGCCCGAGCACCUGGUCAACUACUUUACAUUCGUGGCUGAAGAAAUGCGGGAGAUCAUGGCCCAACUGGGCUUCCGCACGGUGAAUGAAAUGAUUGGCCGGGUAGACGUUCUGGACGCUCACAGGGCCAUCGAACAUUGGAAGGCCCAAGGGCUGGACUUAUCUCGAAUGCUUUAUCGCCAGGAGCCGACUACUCCGGGCGAGAACGUUUAUUGCAGUGAAGGCCAGGACCACGGGCUUGAACACGCCCUGGACCACCAGUUGAUCGCGCUGUCGGAGCCGGCCUUGGAGCGCCGGGAGCCGGUGGAGAUCAAAUUGCCCAUACGCAACUCCAACAGGACCGUGGGCGCAAUGCUCAGCGGCAAAAUUGCCAAGGCGUACGGAGAGGACGGCCUGCCGGGCGAUUCAAUCAGGAUCAACUUCUCCGGGUCUGCCGGGCAGAGCUUCGGCGCCUUCCUGGCCAAGGGAGUCAGCAUACACUUGGAUGGGGACACCAACGACUACAUGGGCAAAGGAAUGUCCGGUGGCCGGAUAGUUGUUUGCCCGGACCCCAAGGCUACCUUUGUUCCGGAAGAAAACAUUAUCAUCGGCAACGUGGCCAUGUACGGGGCUACGGGCGGCAAGGCCUUUAUCAAGGGCAUGGCCGGAGAACGUUUUUGCGUCCGCAACAGCGGCGUACACGCGGUGGUUGAAGGAGUGGGCGACCACGGGUGCGAGUAUAUGACUGGCGGCGUAGUGGUGGUCCUGGGACAGACCGGCCGGAACUUCGCCGCGGGAAUGAGCGGCGGAAUAGCCUUCGUUUACGACAGGGAUGGCGAUUUUUCCAUCAGGUUCAACGACGGUAUAGCUGACUUGGAGCCGGUCCAAGACCCUGAAGACAUCGCUACCUUGAAGAGCCUGAUCGAAGAACACGCCGAGCAUACCGGCAGUAUGCCGGCCCGAAAGGUCUUGGAAGACUGGAGCAAGGCGCUGCCUCUGUUCAAGAAAAUAAUGCCGAGGGACUACCGCAGGGUGCUGGAGGAGCAGAAGAACAGGGAGACCGAGAGCGCUGCUCUGGCGGCUUCGGGCGGCAAUUAG